CAUGACAUGUGACGCUGCGCGAUACGAACGCUAUCCGUUUGCGUUUUCAGCCGCUCGUUCUCGCUCAGUAGAAUCAUUAGAGCUCCGGUUUUACCACGAUAUGCCAGAUCGUACGCCGUUACACAAUAAGGAGGCUCUUGCUGUGACAUCUUUGCGGUUUUGCAAAAUUUUUAGCGACAAACUGAUGAGAUUUUGACAAAAGCGACGUUCGUCUUUGAACGCGCGGAUCGAGCGAUCGCCAGUCAGCUGUCUUGAGUUUGACUGUGGAUCUACACCUUCGUGCACUCGAAAAUGAUGGAAUCGAAGCAUAAUAUGAAAAAAAUUUUAUUCUGUACUUUUGAUUAAUUUUUGUAUAUUGAAUAAUCUUUUGCCCUUUAAGACCUUUUAAUCUUCUGUUCAUUUUCUGUUCAUCGUGUUCAUUGUGUUCAUCAUUGGUUUGUUCAAUACAUUAAGUCACACAGUUAUACAAUAUGUUUUCAUAUGAACAAAUUACAACAUUUGUCUAUAAUACAAAAAAUUUUAAUUUUGCCAUUAAAUUAUAUGAGAGGGAUGAAUCUUCACUUGAUAGGCUCCUACGACAAAAAUGGAAUCAGGCUGAAGAAGUUAAAGCAUCCCGAUAUAUUUUAAAUAUAAGAGAUAGUAAAAUAUUGGAAGGAAAAUACAGAUUUUUGAUGCAGUUAAAUCCAGAUAGAUCUCAGAAGAGACGUGACCCAGAAUUAAUUACAUCUGUACUACAGCCUUUUAACUCUAUAGGUUUUAAUUUUACUAAAUUAACACAGCAAGAAAUAUUAUUUGAUAUAGGAAAUGGCGACACAAACGACAUAAUUGCAAUUAAUGCCAGUCCUUUAGAACAGGGUCAUUGUUUAGUUCUUACAGAACGUUUGAAAUGUUUGCCACAAAUCAUGACAGAGUAUAGUCUCCGCAAAGUAAUAGAAUUAUUUCUAUUAAGUAAUACAUGGUCUUUAAGAGCUAUUUUUAAUGGUCUUUGUGCUCAUGCUUCUAUUAAUCAUUUACACUGGCAUUUAUACUAUUUGAAAAAUGAAAUGCUUCUUGAACAUAUUAAUAUUCACAGUUAUAUUCCUGGUAUACAUUUAUUAAUAGAUUAUCCAGCCAAAGGAUUCUGUCUAAAAUUAUCUGAUUUUAAAAGUAUUACGGAUUUUGUAUCUCGCAUAUUCUCUGUAGUGAAUCAUUUACAAUCACGUCAAGUGGCACAUAACGUGUGUAUUACACGAGCAAAAUCAAAACCUAAUGAUGAAUUGUAUGAUGACAUUCGUGUUUAUAUUUGGGCUAGAAAGUCAAUAACCGAUGUUAAAGAUACAACUGCAUUUUUAACUGGAGCUUGCGAACUUUUGGGACAUUUUUCAAUUAGAGAUGAAAAUACAUAUAAAAAUCUAACAGAAGAUAAUAUAAUUAAUGUUCUUAAUGAUGUCACGGAAGAAUAUUUCUUAUUAAUUAAAGAUGAGCUUAAAAAUGUUUUGGCGAAAUAA